AUGUUUGGUAGCAGCAGCACUCCCAACGCGAGACGGCCUCAUGAUCGUUUCUGUCCUCUCUGUAGGAUCCGUCCUCAGCUGGCCAGGGAGAAGAUCGAAGGAUGUCACAUCUGCACAUACGUGAUGCCAGGAGAGCCUCAGGUGAUCCUGGGUAAAGACAAGGCCUUCACCUUCGACUACAUGUUCGACAUGGACUCCCAGCAGGACGCCAUCUACACCACCUGCACAGAGAAGCUGAUCGAGGGCUGCUUCGAGGGUUACAACGCCACCGUGUUCGCGUACGGGCAGACUGGCUCAGGGAAGACGUACACCAUGGGGACAGGCUUCGAUGUCAACAUAGUAGAUGAGGAGCUGGGUAUCAUUCCCCGUGCUGUUCAACACCUCUUUAAGGGCAUUGCAGAGCGGCGCCAGGAGGCCCAGGAGCAAGGACGCCCAGCGCCCGAGUUUAAAAUCAAUGCACAGUUUCUUGAGCUUUACAAUGAGGAAGUUCUGGAUCUGUUUGACUCCACACGAGAUAUGAAACAAAAAUCCCUCAUUAAAAUCCACGAAGAUGCCAACGGAGGAAUUUAUACAGUUGGAGUGACCACACGGACCGUGUCCUCAGAGGCUGAGAUGAUGCAGUGCCUGAAGUUGGGAGCUCUUUCUCGCACGACAGCCAGCACUCAGAUGAAUGUUCAGAGCUCUCGAUCCCACGCCAUUUUCACCAUCCACCUGUGCCAAGUUCGUGUCUGUGCCUCCGACAAUCAAGAAAAUGAGAAUGAUAACAAGGUCUCUAAUGGAAACUCUGAAAUGGACGAAUACGAGACACUUACCGCCAAGUUUCACUUUGUGGACCUGGCUGGUUCUGAGAGACUAAAGAGAACUGGAGCGACUGGAGACCGAGCCAAAGAGGGCAUCUCCAUCAACUGUGGACUGCUUGCUCUGGGAAAUGUAAUCAGUGCAUUAGGUGAUCGAAGCAAGCGGACCUCUCAUGUGCCUUACAGAGACUCCAAACUAACUCGACUCCUACAAGACUCCUUAGGAGGAAACAGCCAAACGGUGAUGAUUGCGUGUAUUAGUCCGUCUGAUCGUGACUUUAUGGAAACUUUAAACACGUUGAAAUAUGCCAACCGAGCCCGCAACAUCAAGAACAAAGUGAUGGUGAACCAGGACAAGGCCAGCCAGCAGAUCAGCGCUCUGAGGACCGAGAUCGCUCGACUGCAGAUGGAGCUGAUGGAGUACAAGACGGGUAAACGAAUGGUGGGUGAGGAUGGUGUUGAGAGCUUCAGUGACAUGUUCCACGAGAACUCCAUGCUGCAGACGGAGAACAGCAACCUGAGGGUGAGAGUCAAAGCCAUGCAGGAGACGAUUGACGCCCAGCGUGCACGGCUCACCCAGCUGCUCAGUGACCAGGCCAACCAGGCUCUCUCCAGGGCAGGUGAAGGAGGAUCAGAGGAAAUUGGAAACCUGAUACAGGGUUACAUUAAGGAGAUUGAAGACCUUCGGGCUAAACUCCUAGAGAGCGAGGCUGUGAAUGAGAACUUGAGGAAGAAUCUGUCCCGUGCUUCAAGCCGUCAGUCUUUCUAUGCAGGGCCCGGCUCCUUCUCCUCGAGUCUGAUGGCCCCUGAGAAGGAGACGUCAGACGUCAUUGAACUUGCAAAGAAAGACCUGGAGAAACUGAAGAAACGAGAGAAAAAGAAAAAGAAGAGCGCCAACAAAGAGGAAGCUCCUGACAACGAGCAAGAAAAACCCUCUGAGAAAGAAACGAUGGAGCGGGCCGCUGAAGACACCGAAAUGGAGGUGCAAGAGACGAGCGACCACGAGGAAGGAGAGGAGGACGAGGAAGAGGAGGAAGAGGAAAUGGAUGUGGAGGAGAGCUCUGAUGAUUCUGACUCGGAGUCAGACGAGAAAGAGAACUACCAGGCAGAUCUGGCCAACAUCACCUGUGAGAUCGCCAUCAAGCAGAAACUCAUCGACGAGCUGGAGAACAGCCAGCGGCGUCUGCACACACUCAAACAGCAGUACGAACAGAAGCUGAUGAUGCUGCAGUGCAAGAUCAGAGACACUCAACUGGAGAGAGAUCGGGUCCUCCAAAACAUGAAUUCAUUGGAAAGCGGCUCAGACGACAAAGCUCGUAAAAUCAAAGCGGAAUACGAGAAGAAGCUGAGCAUCAUGAACAAGGAGCUUCAGAAGCUGCAGUCUGCGCAGAAGGAGCACGCACGCCUGUUGAAGAACCAAUCGCAGUAUGAGAAGCAGCUCAAGAAGCUUCAGAUGGAUGUGACGGAGAUGAAGAAGACUAAGGUUCGUCUAAUGAAACAAAUGAAGGACCAACAGGACAAAAACAGAAUGAACGAGUCUCGCAGGAACCGAGAAAUUGCCUCUUUAAAGAAAGACCAGCGAAGGCAAGAGCAUCAACUGAAGUUACUGGAGGCCCAGAAAAGACAGCAGGAACUGAUUCUGAGGAGGAAGACUGAGGAGGUGACCGCUCUCAGGAGGCAGGUCAGGCCCACCUCAGGUAAAGUGCUCAGGAAAGUCAACCUUCCAGAACCAGCUCAGGACUCCGCCCACCGCCCCCCCUCUGGACGCAUGUACUCCUCCAGCAGCACCGCUCCCAACGGCACAUGGUCUUACAGGCGCUCAGCAGGGGUUUAUUCCACCAGAAUCGCUCGCAACAAAUGGCAGACCCUGGAGCGGCGCAUCUCUGAUGUCAUCAUGCAAAGGAUGACCAUCUCCAACAUGGAGGCCGACAUGAACCGCCUCCUCAAGCAACGAGAGGAGCUGACGAAGCGUAAGGAGAAGGUGAUCCGGAAGAGGGACCGUCUUCUGCGAGAGGGGGCGGAGUCAGAGAAGGCAGCGCUUCCCCUCAGUGAGGAAAUGGAUGCCUUGACUGCCAACAUUGACUACAUUAAUGACAGCAUUGCAGACUGUCAGGCCAACAUCAUGCAGAUGGAGGAAACAAAGGAGGAGGGGGACACGGUGGACAUCUCUGCUGUGAUUGGGUCUUGUAGUUUAGCUGAAGCUCGUUUCCUGCUGGAUCAUUUCAUGUCAAUGGCGAUUAACAAGGGUCUGCAAGCAGCUCAGCGGGAGUCUCAGGUGAAGGUCAUGGAGGGCAGACUGAAGCAGACUGAGAUCACCAGUGCUACUCAGAACCAGUUGCUGUUUCACAUGCUGAAGGAGAAGGCUGAGUUCAACCCAGAGCUGGAUGCACUCUUAGGAAACGCUCUGCAAGAGCUAGGUAACCCCCCGGCCGAAAAUGGGGACGAUAGCAGCAGCGAUGAGUCGGCUCAGAGUCCCUUGGCAGAGGGAGCCUCAUUGACAUCAGACCUCUUGAAACUUUGUGGCGAGACCAAAACAAAAAAUAAGGCUCGCAGAAGGACCACCACUCAGAUGGAGUUGCUGUACGCCAACAGCGAUUCUGCCCCUGACACAGCCGCAGAUUUCUCUGGUCCGAUGCUGCAGCUCCCUGAAACACCAGAUGGGAGUGGAGAUAUGGACUUCUCUUCAAUCAGGGACUACACAGCCCUCUCCCCUGGCGUUUCCUCUAAAAUGGGCAGCAUUUCUGGCUCCAGGCCAGGAAUGGAGAAACGAACUCCAGAGCCUUCUCCGCUCUCUCGCAGGAAGACCUAUGACAAGGCACAAGCAGCAGCUGAAAGGGCAAAGGUCAAGGAGAUUAAACAGGGUGUAAUUAACCCGGUGCCAUCCACUAAGAGCAGCCGAUCGGCAACGCUGCUGUGUGUUCAUGUGGCAGAGGGACACGGAAAAGCUGUUUUAUGUGUCGACUGCACGGACGACCUUCUGUUCACUGGAUCAAAAGACCGAACCUGUAAAGUUUGGAAUCUGGUGACGGGUCAAGAGAUAAUGUCCCUGGCUGGCCACCCCAACAACGUGGUGUCGGUCCGCUACAGUUCUAGUUUAGUCUUCACCGUCUCCACCUCCUACAUCAAAGUCUGGGACAUCAGGGACUCAGCCAAGUGCAUCAAAACACUAACGUCCUCUGGUCAGGUUAAUGUUGGGGACAUCUGUGCAUCCAACACCAGUCGGACAGUCACUAUGCCUGCAGGAGAGAACCAGAUCAACCAGAUUUCUCUCAACCCCAAUGGCACGGUUCUGUACGCAGCUGCUGGGAACUCUGUCAGAGUGUGGGAUCUCAGAAGAUUUGUGUCUACUGGGAAGCUCACUGGUCACCAGGGUCCAGUAAUGUGUCUGACUGUGGACCAGUCUGGAAACAACCAAGACUUGGUGAUCACUGGGUCCAAGGACCAUUACAUCAAGCUCUUUGACGUAUCUGAAGGCUCUCUGGGGAGCGUCAGCCCGACGCACAACUUUGAACCUCCACACUACGAUGGCAUCGAGUCGCUGGUGGUCCAGGGGGACAUUUUCUUUAGCGGCUCUCGAGACAACGGGAUCAAGAAGUGGGACCUGAACCGCAAAGAUCUGCUGCAGCAAGUCCCAAAUGCUCACCGUGACUGGGUUUGUGCUCUGGGCCUGGUCCCCGGCUCCCUGGCCCUGCUGAGCGGCUGCAGAGGGGGGGUCCUCAAGCUUUGGCACACAGACACACUAGGACCCCUGGGAGAACUGAAGGGUCAUGAGAGCCCUGUUAACAGCAUCGCUGCAAACAGCAGGCACCUGUUCACAGCUUCAGAUGACCGCACUGUGAAGAUCUGGCGUGCUCGCGGUGGGCUGGACAGCACCUUAGAGGUUGAUAAUGCAGAUGACGUGGCCAGUAACUGAACACAGCCGUGCGCUUUGAUUCUCCGUGGACCUAACAGCCCUCUGUGUUGCUGCUGCCCGUCACUUUGACUCCAAACGUCUCCACCUAACGCUGACUCCUGAGAUGCUCCUUGACGAUCCUUGACUGA